AUGAUGUCUACCCCUCCACCACUGCCCCCUCGACCUCCGUCUCCCUCGGGCCUCGACCAGGAUAAAGCCCUCGUUCGUAGAACAAGUUUCUUUGAUACCCCUGAUGGGAUCAUGUCUCGAAUGGCCAACUCCUGCCGUCAUAAUGUAAUUGAUUUGGGAGCUCGCGAGUGUCCAGAAUUCCCAAGUGCUCUCGUUCGUCCAGGAGAGUUUAUUAUGAUGGAGACGCAUCCUGAAGGUCCUGAUGGGUUCUCUGGAGAACUCGGUCAAGUGAUUGACAUGGCUGACUUUCGAGAUAUUCCAAGCAUCGAAGUCAACCAGGCAUUCAAUCGAUUCAGAGACCCCAAGGACAGAAUGGUUCUUAUCCGUCUUGUUGAGCCACUCAGCUUCCAUGCCAGUUGCAAAAACAAGAUCAACCCUUCGGACUAUACCUUCAUUCACGAGACGCAACAAGAGGUCAUUCUGAGCUGUCGACUGAGGUGGUUGUCUCCAUUUCGGAUUGAUUGCAUUGCUUUUAUCUUUCACCCUGAUUUUAUUGAGGCUGGUGUUUUCCAGACGGCCGGCAUCACGAAUGCAUUCAUGUGCAACAAGAUUGCUUUGUCUGAUGAUACCUACAUGACGAUUGAAAAGGACUCUGACUACCUUAAACCAUUCUUCUCUCCAUACAAUGCACAGGACCCCAAAACUGGCAAAGACAUCUAUACUGUCGAAACCUAUUCUCGUCGAAUGUGGAAUUAUAUUACCGCUGCAAACGUCAUCACCACUCGCAAGAUGGCGGGCAAGAAGGGCAACUGGGAAGGACGUACUCAGCGCUGUCACUUGCCUGGCUGGUCAAAGGAGUUCUACGAGUUUAUUGUCGGUGAGAUGUCAUUGAUGAAACAAACAGACCAAAUUGACUUCAUCUUGGAAGAUAUCGUCCUCAAACGGGCAAAGAAAGUUCACAGUCCAGACCUCUCUGUUGCAAAGAAGAAACGAGCGAUGAAUGUCUCUUUGUUUCGUAUCCUAGAAGAGAAAGAGUUGGACCAGGGAAGGCGUGUGUUAGGAUCCACCUUUGGAGUUGCAACCACAAAGAAUGCUCCCACUUUGGCUGAUGUCAAAGCUGCAGCAACUGCCCAAAAACCACAGCCGGACACUCUCAAACUCGAAACAGGAGAUCAGGUUCGUAUUGUAACGUGUGCAGCUCAGGAGAAAGAUGUACUCGAUGAUCGCGACAGACGGCUUGCCAGUGCUUUUGUUGUCGAUGAUGAAGGUGCUAUUGUAAAGGCCCCGUAUGAUCGCAAGGGGAAGCAACCCAUGUACUUGUCUUUUCCCGGCAUUGAUAUCUUGUACGAAGACAGCUACUCUUUCACAAACAUGCAAUUUGCUAUGAAAUUCAAGAAGCUUUUGGGAAGUUCUAGUUCUGUUUUGAAGGCAUUGAAUGCGGGCAAACCGGUGCCGGCAGUGGCAGAGGCACGCAUGGAGUCCAUCAACGAUGACAAUCUUGCUGUUGGUGAUGAAUUCAGAUACAGAGACUUACUUUAUUGUGUUACUUCCAUUGAUCCGGAAAACAAAAGGGUAGGUGCUAGGCCUACGUGGGAAGACUCAGAUGAUGACGAGACUAUUUUGGAGUUGGAGGAAGCUACAGUUCUUGUGGCAGCUGAAGUGACAAACAGCACAGCUUACCGUGGCAUGACUACUCCUGAGAGAAGCUAG